AUGCGGAUCAUCCUUUUUGUUGCCUUCUUAAUUUUUUCCGCAUUGUAAGUGACCAUCCUCCGUUUUGUAAUUCAUAUCAAUUUAGAGCUGAUUGUCCCCGAAAACAGCAGGCCAAUGAGGUGAAACCGCCCGCUUUCGAACCGGAAGACCAUUUCAUUCAAAGCAGUUUUGUUCACAGAGAUGUGACUGGUAAGCGACAAGAUUGAGUGUAGUCAAAGUUUAGAUGAUGACAAACAAUAUUCAAUUAUUGUGGCCGACACUCUUCGAGAUCUGAGGAAACGUCUGCUUUCCUCGGCCAAGAUUACCAUCGACAAUGAGAACUUGGAUUGUUCGCAUGGGGGGUUCCCUAGAUGCAAGGAGUUCUCACCCGAAAAACCAUAUCACUUCUUGGUCAUCGAGGACUCGUAGGUCGAUUGAAUAAGUUUUAGUCACAAAUUUUGACAAAAGUUGCGCAAUUUUUAUAAUUUUAGGACAACUGGGGCCGUUGUCUACAGUCUGGACAGAGAAAGGAACGGGCUUGACUCUCGGCUUGUUGAAAACGCACUUCUCGAGUAAGACUUAAUUUGUUUUAUAAACCAAAAUUUUAGUGCUUUCUCCCGUCAUUCAAAGCACCCUUUGACCGGUUAUGUAAGCGAAUCGGCCGAAAAAUUUGUCGGAUUUGUUCGAGAAGUCAGCAUCGACGAAUUAAUGGAAUAUGCAGAGGAGAAUCAGGCGAUUCAAGAUGCAGAAAAACCAACAAUCUUCAGAAGAUCUCCAUUCGAAUUGAACCUCUUGAACGAGCGAAUAAUCGAGCUCCGAAAGGCAGACCAAUGUGAACGCCCGGUCAAAGGAUUAACUGUCUAUAGGUGGGACAAUGAAAGCAAAGCCGUUUCGAGCACUCCGCCUACUCCCACGUAAUACUUUCUCUUCCAGAUCCGGCGAAUUAAGUCCUCUGAUUGAUCUCCACAACAAUGACGUCAUCUUUUGCCUGUUCUGGACCAAUGUGGACACGGUUUCCACGCAUGUCUACCAACUUUGGAAGAAAUUGGCCCAGGAAUUGUCGGAGGAUCCAAAGAUUAAAAACCGCGCCAUCUUUGCGGCCGUUCCUUGUCAUCGAGAUCUCGAUUUGUGCUCAGCUUUUGGGAUCCAACACUCGGAUCAUCGAACUGUUUUUGCCCUGAGGGGAUCACGGAAAUUUGCGUCAAAUUAUGGAAUCGGAGAUCUCGAGUUUUACAAAAAUUGGAUAAAAAUGUAUGUCGCCGAAAAUUAAACGACAAAAUGCACGAAAUUAACAUUAUGUUGGACACGCAUGUACUCUGAUACAUAUCUAAAUAGAAACAUGAAAAAAUGCACUUCUUUCUAUAUUAUUUUAGGGUCUUAUCCGGAACAUUAAACCAAGUGCAAGAUGAAGAAACGCUAAAGAAGAUUAGGAAGGGACUGGUCGAUGGCUUCGAGGAGAAGGAACUGCCCCGGCCAGCGGUAACAAUCGGCGUUUUCCCCGAGGAAGACAUGGAUGAGUUCAAAAACUAUCGAAAGAUCAGCUCUAUUCUUGCUGGAAGAUACCAUUUCUUCUACAAAAUCGAUGAAAAGUAAGAAAGCGGUGCAAUAAAAACGUUGGUUUCACCCACAAAAUGAGGGUGAAACCAACGAUUUCUGGAUCUAAAAUAUCUCUCAAAAGUCAGUACUACAGUAAUCAUUCCAAAAUUACAGUAUCCCCUCGCCCACUGUCUCCACAUUCCGUCCCUCCGAAAAGACCAAACGAAUCGAUUACAACGGCAACUUCGACGUGAAAUCCCUGACUUCUCACGUCACUAAGGAGUCGCUUCCUUCAUUGGUAAGAGUAAUUUCACUUUUGCAAAAAAAAAGGCCGAAGACUUUUGCCCGUCCGGAAGUUGGCAAUUACUUUGUUUUAGCUGGAGAUAUCGCGCGGAUUCACUUCGGAUGUCAUUUACCGUUCGGACCGCGAUGUUCUUCUUCUUAUCCAUGAAGGGGAUCAGAAGAGAUUGGAGGAGAUCCAAAGCCUCGCUUAUGAUAAGCAACAACAAAAGAACUAUCUAUUCGCCCAUCUGAACGCGUAAGUUCACAUCACUUUUAAAAUAGACCGAAAAUCACAAAAGCCUAUAAAACUGAGAGUAAACCACAAAAAUAACUACCAUGACAUGAGCCAGAGGCGAAGAGUAGCGGGACAAAAGUAGCGAAUAAUUAAAACGGAACGGGAAACGCCGGAAAUUAAAGGAACAAAAAGAAAAUGUAAUAGGAACCUCCAAAUGAGGGUGACACAAACAGCAGAUUGGGUUCUGGCCUAGUACUAGUAGUCCCCAAUGGUAAUCAUGUUCCCGGAAUUCUUUCAGCGUCGUCUCUCUGCCCAUCAUUCGAUUGCUGAGAAACCUGAAGGUGCAGUCAUCAGAACUUCCGGUCGUUUGCCGGUUUAAUCGCGAUACUUUUGGAUGUUUAUCCCUCCCGGAUAAUCAAAAUAUUAUCCAUGCACUUGACGGUAUAAAGGAUGGUAAGUUGGUCUUCAUCCACCCAAAAAUCCUUUUCUUUUCUGAUGAUAGUACUUUCAGAGACCCUAAUCGAUAGGAAACAACCUCAUCCUCUCAAGGUUUUCCAAUUAGAACAUGUUGAUUACGUGUUUGGAGAACAAGAUGUCCAACUUCUGGCUGAACCACUAAUCUCUUCAGGCCAUGGGGGCUUCAAUCAUGAUGCUGUGGAUCCAUCUGAUGGCACAGGGGGAUGUCCAAUGAUGAAACAUUUGAAUUCCAUUGGUCGGGAUGAGCUUUAA